CCGGAUCCUCGGCCGGUUUUCGCUGGGCCUCGGCCCGUGCUCGAGCGGCCGUGUCCUCGCAGCGCUGCCCGCCUCGGCCCGCCAUGCGCCCGCCGGCCCCGGCCGCGCUGGGGCUGCUGCUGCUGCUGCUGCCGCCGCCGCCGCCCGUCCAGGCCGCCAAGAAGCCGACGCCCUGCCAGCGCUGCCGGGAGCUGGUGGACAAGUUCAACCAGGGAAUGGUGGACACAGCGAAGAAGAACUUCGGCGGCGGGAACACGGCUUGGGAGGAAAAGACGCUGUCCAAGUAUGAAUUCAGUGAGGUCCGCCUACUGGAGAUUAUGGAGAGCCUGUGUGGGAGCAGCGACUUCGAGUGCAACAGGCUGCUGGAGGAGCAGGAGGAGCACCUGGAGGCCUGGUGGCUCCGGCUGAAGAAGGAGCAUCCGGACUUAUUUGAAUGGUUUUGUGUGAAAACACUGAAAGUUUGCUGUUAUCCGGGAACUUAUGGGCCGGACUGCCUCCCGUGCCAGGGUGGGUCCGAGAGGCCCUGCAGCGGGAAUGGCCACUGCAAGGGAGAUGGCAGCCGACAAGGAGACGGGUCCUGCCAGUGCCACAUAGGGUACCAGGGAGCUCUGUGCGACGACUGCAUGGACGGCUACUUCAGCUCGCUGAGGAAUGAGACGCACAGCAUCUGCACAGCCUGUGACGAGUCGUGUAAGAUGUGCACUGGCCCUACCAACAAAGACUGCAACCAGUGCGAAGUGGGCUGGGUGCGCGAGGAUGGCACCUGCGUGGAUGUGGACGAGUGUGCGGCGGAGACGCCCCCCUGCAGCGACCAGCAGUACUGCGAGAACGUCAACGGCUCGUUCCUGUGCGAAGAAUGUGAUUCCACCUGUGUGGGCUGCACAGGGAAGGGUCCAGGACAGUGUAAAGAGUGCAUCCCUGGCUACACUAAAGAAAACGGCCAGUGUACAGAUGUAGACGAGUGCUCACUCUCAGAAAAAGCAUGUGUGAGAAAAAACGAAAACUGCUACAAUACUCCCGGGAGUUAUGUGUGCGUGUGCCCUGAAGGCUUUGAAGAAACAGAAGACGCUUGUGUGCAGACGCAGACGGCGGGGGACGAAGUCACAGAAGAAAGCCCAGCAGAGCUUCCCUCCCGAGAAGAUUUAUAACAGGCGUCCAGAGUCAGAAGCCAGACCUGCCCCUUAAGUUAUUGAGACUGACGCCUGGAAACCUGGCUGUGUCCCGCUGUCCCCUGGGAGGGAGAAGCUGCCUUCUUUGAAGCGGUUGAUGCUCAUUUGGCCCUUAAAAAAGCUGCAUUUUGCAGUUGUUCUUAAACAGAUUUGUAUAUUUUGAUACUGUUCUUUAUAAUAAAAUUGACAAUUGAAGGUA